AGUUACUUUAGUGAUCGCCUGGGCGGUGGACUAUGAUGAUGUGAAAUGCUAAAGAGCCCAUGACUAUGUAUGAAGUUGACCGCACCAUGACCCCCGUAACAGACACUAUCACCACGGUCCCGGCUCGAGACAGCUGCAUGACCACAUAACAGGGAACAAAACAAAGUGCAGUUAGCCAACAUCUAUCAGGAGAUUUUCUCCAUUCGUCUCCACACAAAUUGGAAUACCAUAAAUUUAAGGCAAAAUGACGUCUUACAUAUCUGACUACUAUAACUACAUAGUUUACGAACAAAUGGAUCAGAGAGUGAAGGCGUACUACUUCAUGGGAUCUCCUGUUCCCAUCCUGCUUCUCGUAACGUCAUAUCUCGUAUUUGUCCUGAGACUCGGACCGUGGUUUAUGAAGAACAGACCUCCGUACAAUGUGGAGAAGCCUAUGAUGCUAUACAAUAUUGUACAGAUGGCAAUUAACCUAUAUUUUGUACUCGUGGCCUGUUUAUAUGUGUGGCUACCAGGCCACUACAACUGGAUUUGCCAAAGACCCAUCUAUGAGCCAAAUCCGGUGGAGGAUAUAGUCGUGGGAAAGUUCUAUUUGUUCAUGUGUUCAAGGAUACUGGACUUGUUAGAUACUGUUUUCAUGGUACUAAAGAAGAACAACCAUCAGAUUUCAUUCCUGCACUUAUACCACCAUACUUUCGUGGCAACAGCGUGUUGGAUUUGCGUUAAAUACAUGCCAGGUGGGCAGCCUGCUUUUUUUGGAACACUGAAUGCAUUUGUUCACGUUGUCAUGUACUUCUACUACUUCCUCACGGCCAUCGAUGCCUCGUAUAAAAAGUCAAUUUGGUGGAAGAGACACAUCACAGAACUGCAACUGGCCCAGUUCUUCAUUCUUCUGGUACAGCAACUGUACGCCAUCCUCAGCCCGACUUGUGAUUUUUCGAAGUAUCUUCUAGCUUUCUUCCUUAGUCAGGCAAUUCUCAUGAUCUACCUUUUCAGUAACUUUUACUACAAUGCUUACAUAAAAAAGCAACCAAAAAAGACAAAAACAUCAUGAUAAACUGUAAAUAAAAUAGUUCUAAGUU